AUGUGGGUGACUUCUAUUAUUAGCAUUCUAUUUGUGAGUGCAGUAAUUUGUGAUCCAGUAGUAAGGAUUACAAAAGGUGCAAUUCAAGGACUAACUUCAAAAUCGAGAGAUGGCCGAGAUUUUUAUUCUUUUACCGCCAUACCAUAUGCAAAGCCACCAGUCGAUGAACUUAGAUUUGAGCCUCCAGUGACGGUGGAUUCGUGGGGGGGUAUUUUAGAUGCCACCAAAGAAUCAAAUAUGUGUACUCAAAAUAACCAUUUUAUCCCGGCAAUUAGACACUUAAUACUUGGCCAGGAAGACUGUUUAUAUUUGAAUGUCUACACACCAAAUCUAAAAGGAAAACUUCCUGUUAUGUUUUGGAUACACGGUGGAGGAUUCCUUGCUGGUCAUAGCGGGUCAAAUGUAUUUGGACCUGAAUAUUUUAUGGACAAUGAUGUUGUUUUGGUGUCUAUAAACUACAGGCUUGGAUUAUUUGGAUUUAUGAGCACCGAAGACGACGUGAUACCAGGUAACAAUGGACUCAAAGAUCAAGUCAUGGCUUUACGUUGGGUCCAAGAAAAUAUUGCUAACUUUGGCGGUGAUCCCGGGCAGGUGACACUAUUUGGCCAAAGCGCGGGUGGUGCCAGUGCAGGAUAUCAUUUAUUAUCUCCGUUAAGUAAAGGCCUGUUCCAUAAAGCCAUACUCCAGAGUGGUACACCUUUGUGUUGUUGGGCUGUUUCCCCACCUGGGUUGGUCCGAAAACGUACCGAAGCAGUUGCUACUAUCGCUGGAUGUAAUUCCGAUACUUCUGAAGAAAUAUUGAAAUGUUUAAAAAAACUUCCAGCUAAUUAUAUGGUUGAACUUCAUAAUAAAUUUUUCGAAUGGAUCAAUUAUCCAUACAUAAUAUUUCCGCCUGUGGUUGAAUCAUGUGAUUCAAACCAGGAAUCGUUCCUAUGUAAUCAUCCAAUUACUGACUUUAAACAAGAAUCUGAUGUACCUGUAGUUAUUGGUUGGAACUCGGGUGAAGGUGGUGUAUUUGUAGCAUCUUUAUUCAAUGAAACUUCUCUUCAAUAUCCGGAACUGUCUACCGAUAUUAAUCGUCUGUUGCCCAUUUUAUUAAUGUACAAACAUGUGUCAAUGCCUAAACAUUUUGACGAAAUUAGUAAUCGGAUCAUGGAAAUGUAUUUUCCAUCGGGAAAGAUAGAGAGCAACUCACAUUUGGAUACAGUCAAAAUGAUCGGAGACGGAACUUUUAUCAAGUGUUCUCUGGACAUGAGCAUUCAAUUAUCUUCACCUGUCCAUUUUUAUUUAUUUGAUUAUAAAAAUGAGUUUUCAUUCAACCAAUUGUAUGGUGAUUGUAAAAAGCCUCUUGGAGUAAGUCACGCUGAUGAAUUGAUUAGCUUGUUUCAAUUGAAGGAAUUGAAUCCCAAAGGAUUAAACGACGAAGAUACAAAAGUGUCAAAGCUCAUGGUUAAUAUUUGGGUCAAGUUUGCAUCAUCUAAAAUACCUACUGUUGAUGGAACUGACAAUGGACAAGUUUGGCCUGUAUUUACUUCUAUUGGAGAAUCAGCUUUACUGCACAUAGAUUCAGUCCAACCAAAACUUAUGAAAAAUCCAUUCGAGGAGAAGUAUAAAUUUUGGAGUGAACUACCUUUAUUAUCUGGUUUAAAUAAAUUGAGAUCACCAAACAAUUUUAAUAUAAAAAGCGAACUGUAG